UGUAGAGUUCCAUGAAACAGAAAGUAAUCUUCGACACUGCCAUUGCUUAACCUACGGGAGAGAGCACCAAAAUGGCAGAGAAUCAGGAACUGUUCUGUUGCUCCAUCUGUCUGGAUCUACUGAAGGAUCCGGUGACUACUGCCUGUGGACACAGUUACUGUAUGGGCUGUAUUAAAGAAAGCUGGGAUCAGGAUCAUCUGAAAGGUGUCUACAGCUGUCCACAGUGCAGACAGACCUUUACCCCAAGACCUGUACUGAACAGGAGCACUGUGCUGGCUGAAGUGGUGGAGAAACUGAAGAAGACAGGACUCCAGGCUGCUCCCCCUCCUGCUCUGUGCUAUGCUGGACCUGGAGAUGUGGCGUGUGAUUUCUGCACUGGGGCCAGAAAGCAGAAAGCCCUCAUGUCCUGUCUGGUGUGUCUGGCCUCUUACUGUGAGACUCACCUCCAACCUCACUAUGAAUUUCCUGCUUUCAAGAAGCACAAGCUGGUCAAAGCCACCGCACAACUACAGGAGAAGAUCUGCUCUCAUCAUGACAAACUGCUGGAGGUUUACUGUCGUACCGAUAAGCAGUGUAUCUGUCUGCUGUGUACAAUGGAUGAACAUAAAGGACAUGAUACAGUGUCAGCUGCAGCAGAGAGGACUGAGAAACAGAGGCAGCUGGGGAUGAGCCAGCAGAAGGUCCAGCAGAGAUUCCAGGAGAGAGAGAAGGAACUGAAGGAGCUCCAACAGGCUGUGGAGUCUCUCAAGCACUCUGCACAGGCAGCAGUGGAGGACAGUGAUAAUAUAUUUACUGAGCUGAUCUGCUCCAUUGAGAGAAGGCGCUCUGAGGUGAAGAAGGUGAUCAGAGCCCAAGAGAAGGCUCAAGUGAGUCAAGCUGAAGGACUCCUGGAGCAACUAAAGCAGGAUAUAGCUGAGCUGAGGAAGAGAAGCACUGAGCUGGAGCAGCUCUCACACACAGAGGAUCACAUCCAUUUCCUCCAGAGUUAUCAGGCUCUCUCCAGUAACAGUGUAUCUUCAGACUUACCCAGCAUCGUUGUCCGUCCUCUUCAGUACUUUGGAGAUGUGAGUAAGACUGUGUCUGAACUGAGAGAGAAACUAGAAGACUUCCUUAAAGGAGAAUGGACCAAGAUCUCCACUACAGUGAAUAUAGUGGAUGUUGUACUGCCUCCAGAGCCCAAGACCAGAGAACAGUUGUUACAAUAUUUAUGUCAGCUCACACUGGACCCAAAAACAGUAUACACACGCCUCUCUCUGUCUGAAGGGAACAGAAAGGUGACCUAUACAGUCCAACCCCAACCAUAUCCUGACCAUCCGGACAGAUUCACAAACCAUUGUCAGGUUCUGUGUAGAGAGGGUCUGUCUGGACACUGUUACUGGGAGGUGGAGUGGAGUGGGGAUGUUGAUACAGCAGUCUCCUAUAAAGAUGUCAGCAGAACAGAGAGAGAUGGUGGAUUUGGAGACAAUAAAAAGUCCUGGAGUUUAGAGUGCUCUAGUGGUGGUUAUUGUUUCAUACACAAUAAUGUUGUGACUAAAGUAUCAGGCCCUCAGUCCUCCAGAGUAGGAGUGUACCUGGAUCACAAGGCAGGUACUCUGUCCUUCUACAGUGUCUCUGAUACAAUGACCCUCCUCCACAGAGUCCAGACCACAUUCACUCAGUCCCUCUAUCCUGGGUUUUAUCUCUAUAGUUAUAAUGAUACUGCUGAGCUGGUUAAACUGUAGUAGGGUCCACAUAGAUACUAGUCAUGCUGGUGUAGUCUAUAGCUGAGCUGGUUAAACUGUAGUAGGGUCCACAUAGAUACUAGUCAUACUGGUGUAGUCUAUAGCUGAGCUGGUUAAACUGUAGUAGGGUCCACAUAGAUACUAGUCAUGCUGGUGUAGUCUAUAACUGAGCUGGUUAAACUGUAGUUGGGUCCACAUAGAUACUAAUCAUGCUGGUGUAGUCUAUAGCUGAGCUGGUUAAACUGUUGUAGGGUCCACAUAGAUACUAGUCAUGCUGGUGUAGUCUAUAGCUGAGCUGGUUAAACUGUAGUAGGGUCCACAUAGAUACUAGUCAUGCUAGUGGUGAUGCUGGUGGUGAUGGUCCCCAGAUAUAAUCCCUGGAUGUUAUGAUUCAUUCUGCUCUGAUCUUCAGAAGAUGUUAUGUAUUCAUAUUUCAUAAAUUGCACUGUUCAUUUCCAUUAAUCAUGAUGUAUGGUGUUGAUGUAUAUUGUUGGUCAUUAAGAACCAUAAUUUUUUCUCAAUUGGGUUUCUGUAGUUUUACUCAGUGGAACAGAUAGUAACUAAACAAUAUGGUCUUGUUUUCUGGACACAGAUUAAGCCUAUAGAGAAUGUUCAAUGGAGAUUAACCAGCCCUACUUUUUUCCACCUGGUGGUGCUAUUGACCAAACAAUAAAACCAGCAGAUAUCUUGACUUGCCUCUCAGUGUAUCAGUAAUGUUAAGAAUAGUACUUUAAUAUCAUUGGAGAUUGAUGGUCUUUUUAAUCCACUAUCCAGAGUCAGGAACAGAUGAAGUUAGGUCUGCUACUGUUCAGUGAUUAAAUAUGAUUUAUGGUGAUGGGAAAUAAAAAAUACCACACUAAACUUCAUCUAGUAAUAGUUUUCCUUUGUUAUUUAUUCCAAUGUGUGUCUUUAACUUUCAAAUGGAUUGUGUGGAGGUGAGCUAGUGGUGUGGCUGAUAGAAUAUAAUGAAAAGGGAGGAGGGGAGGAAGAGGAGAGGAGUGAAGGGCUGUUAAAGAAACCAGAUGAGGAAGAGAAAGAUGUUCAGGGGAAUUACUGUCUCUGUUCUACAUGUGUAUUUUGUAUUUGUAUUUUUUAUGGAUCCCUAUUAGCUGCUGCCAAAGCAGAGUUCCAUGUAGUCAUGGCUCUAUGUUGUACUGGGUGCCUCCCAUCGUCUGUUCUGGACUUGGGGACUGUGAAGAGACCUCUUGUGGGGUAUGCAUGGUGUCCGAGCUGUGUGCCAGUAGUUUAGAUAGACAGCUCGGUGCAUUCAACAUGUCAUCUCAUAAAUAAAAGUCAAUAUCUCCACUUUCAGCCAGGUGAGAUUGACAUUCAUAUUAUUAAUAUUAGCUCUCUGUGUACAUCCAAGGGCCAGCCGUGCUUUCCGGUUCUGAGCCUUUUUUUUGGUGCCUGACCACACGCCUGAACAGUAGUCAUGGUGCGACAAAACUAGGGCCUGUAGGACCUGCCUUGUUGAUAGUGCUGUUAAGAAGGCAGAGCAUCGCUUUAUUAUAGACAGACUUCUUCCCAUCUUAGCUACUGUUGUAUCAAUAUGUUUUGACCGUGACAGUUUACACUCUAGGGUUACUCCAAGCAGUUUAGUCAUCUCAACUUGCUCAAUUUCCACAUUAUUUAUUACAAGAUAUUGUUGAGGUUUGGGGUUUAGUGAGUGUUUUGUUUCAAAUACAAUGCUUUAAUAUUUAGGGCUGUCACGCCCUCACUAGAAAUACCCUUUUUAUUCUCUAUUUUGAUUAGGUCGGGGUGUGACUAGGGUGGGUAAUCUAGGGUGUUUAUUUCUGUUGGCCUGGUAUGGUUCACAAUCAGAGGCAGCUGUUCAUCGUUGUCUCUGAUUCGGGAUCAUUAUUUAGGCAGCCAUUUCCCCACUGUGUUUUGUGGGAUCUUGUUUUUGUGUAGUUGCCUGUGAACACUUCAUUGUCAUCACGGUUUGUUUGUGCUUCAUUGUUUUGUGCUUUUUACUUCAAUAAAUAUGUGGAACCCAAAUCA